AUGCUAUCGACAGGUGGUAAAUCUUUUAGUUCGUCGUCGUCGCGGCGGGCUUUGCAAAAUCCAUCCCAAAAGUCUGAAGCUGGAAGGAGUCCAAACAACAAGACCUUCUGGGCUCCAUUAGUAAUAGAGAUUUGA